AUGAAAUUGUUGUGUCACUUGAAACUAGCUUGUAGAAACUUGGUCACGAGCCCAGCCUCACCCUGUGUGAUAAAUGUGAAUAACUCAUACUUUUACUUUCAUUUCUUUCUUCUGCCGUCAGCGAUGGCAUCUGCUGGUCUGAGAAGAGAACUGGAAUGUUCCAUCUGUUUUAACCUUUAUACCAAUCCUGUAACCCUGAGAUGUGGACACAACUUCUGCUUGGACUGUAUUGAUCAGGUCCUGAAUACACUGGACGGGUCUGGAGUUUAUGCCUGUCCUGAAUGUAGGGCACAGUUUCAGGAGCGGCCUGCACUGCAGAAGAACAUAACUCUGUGUAAGUUAGUGGAGAAUUUCCAGUUUACUCAGCCACAUCAGGAGGAAACCAAAAUCGUGUGCACUUACUGCGUAGACUAUCCUGUACCUGCUGUUAAAUCCUGUCUGCACUGUGAAGCUUCUCUAUGUGAUAAACACCUGAGGUUUCACAGCAAGUCAGCAGAACAUGUCCUAACUGAAGUCAGCACAUCCCUGAAGAACAGGAAAUGCUCCAUCCAUAAGAAGAUUCUGGAAUAUUACUGCACCAACGAUGACACUUGCAUUUGUGUGUCCUGUUGUCUGAUUGGAGAACAUCAGGGACAUGAAAUAAAAUCUCUAGAUGUGGCUUCUGAGAUGGGAAAGAAGAAGCUUAGAAAUGUUCUGCAGAAACUGAUCACAAAGAGAGAGGAGACCGAGGAAAGAGUCUGGAGUCUAGAGGACUGUUGGAGAAAAGCUAAAGUAAAAGCAGCUGGAAAAGCAGACAGUGUCACUGCCCUGUUUAUAGACAUUAGGAGACGGAUAGAUGAUGUGGAGAAGAGGAUCAUGAGUGAGUUCUCCAGGCAGGAAGAGCAGGUGUCACUGUCGCUCUCCUCUCUGAUCCACAAGUUAGAAAUAAAUAUGGAAGAGCUCUCUAAGAAGAUGAGGUACAUUGAGGUGCUGUGUAGCAUGACUGAUCCACUUAUUUUUUUGCGGGAAUUAGACACAGGUAACCUGUACGAUCCAGAGGAGGAGGAAGGUGUUGAAGACACCCUGAGACAUGAUGGAGGUGAUUGGGGUGCGGAGUUGAUCUCCCGCAUAUCACAGACUUUAUCUGAUAUAAUAAGAGAUAUAAAUGUAACUUUCGUUGCAGAGGGUCCUGCAGACAUAUUACUGGAUGUAAACACGGCUGCUAAUAAUGUCCACAUAUCAGAUGACCUGAAAACCGUGUCACGGACACUGAUGAACCAAAAUCGUCUAGAAACGGCAUUGAAAUUCCAGGAGAAUCAGGUGAUAAGCAGGAAUAGUUUUUCAUCGGGGCGACAAUACUGGGAUGUAGAGAUCAGUGGAUCACUUUUGUGGAGGAUAGGAAUUUGCUAUCCCAGUAUAGUCAGAAAGAGGCGUAGGUCAUACAUUGGGAAUAAUAAUAAGUCCUGGUGUUUGUGUGGAGGACGACAGGUAUAUAAUAAUCAGUGUUCAGUGUUACACAACGGCUAUGUGAUCCAGUUACCUCACCAGAUCUCCAGUGAUAAAGUCAGGAUAUAUGUGGAUUAUGAGGCUGGGAAGCUGUCCUUUUACGAAUUGUGUGCCCCCAUAAGGUGCUUGUACACUUUCACUGCCAACUUCACCGAGCCACUUCAUGCUGCAUUAUGUGUACAUAAAGGUUGUGUAAAGAUAGCAGUGGGAGACGUCAUCAUUGGAGAAGACUGACCAAUUUAUGAUUCUGUCAGUUUGGGUUGUUAGGCUUACUAUGAAAUAGAUGCUAAAACAGGACAACAUUAGAGUUCAUUCAGACGUCCAUAAGUGUUUUGCGGUUCGCAAAUUGCAGAUCCGCAACACAUGGAUACCGGCCCGUGUGCGUUCUGUAAUUUGCGGACUGCACAAGGCCGGCCCCAUGAUAGAAAUGCCUAUUGUCCGCGAUUGCGGCAAGAAUAUGACAUGCU